UCAGUAAUAUUACCCCUGUGUUAGGUCACAUACACCAAGUGUCAAGGGCAGGGUUAUCCAGAUCACUGGAUCGAGAUACAGUUACCUAGCACCCAGGCCACCCACAGCUUGCUGGGAUGUCCCUCUACAAACAUUGUAACUGUAGUCAACUCAGUAUGGGCUCUGCUUUUGAGGCAUCAGAAGCCAAGGACUCUUUUCAAUUUGAGCCCAAAGCAGAGCAGAAGGAAGAGAGCUGUGGUGCUGACGUUCAAGUUGGAACCAGUACCACAACCCUUGCUGUAAGCAAAAAGAAGAGGAAAAAAAAGAAGAGAUUGUGGAUCAAUCUCACUAACUGUAAAUAUGAGAGUGUGCGUCGUGCUGCCUGCAGAUAUGGUCUGCGAGAGGCUGGCGAAGGAGAAGACUGGACUUUAUAUUGGACUGAUUUAUCUGUGUCUUUGGAUAGAGUCAUGGAAAUGAAGCGAUAUCAGAAAAUCAACCAUUUUCCUGGAAUGAGUGAGAUAUGUAGGAAAGACUUCCUGGCAAGAAACCUGAACCGUAUGUUGAAGCUCUUUCCGAAGGACUAUAACAUCUUUCCCCGCACUUGGUGUCUUCCUGCAGAUUACAGUGAUUUCCAAGCCUACACAAGAACCAAAAAGUCUAAAACCUAUAUUUGCAAACCAGAGUCAGGUUGCCAAGGCCGUGGUAUUUAUCUCACCAAGUCCAGCAAAGACAUUCGACCAGGUGAACACAUGAUUUGUCAGGUGUAUAUUUCCAAGCCAUUAAUAAUUGAUGGAUUCAAGUUUGACUUGCGCAUUUAUGUGCUGGUGACUAGCUGUGAACCCCUCCGGAUCUUUGUGUACAAUGAGGGACUGGCUCGUUUCUGCACAAACCAAUACAGUGAGCCCACCAGUAACACCAUGGAUGAUUUUUACAUGCACCUGACCAACUAUGCCAUUAACAAGCACAGUGAAUAUUUUGUCCAUGAUGAUGACAGGGGAAGCAAAAGAAAGCUUUCUGUCUUCAACACGUAUCUGGAGUCUAUGGGUUAUGAUGCAAAGAAGGUGUGGGAAAAUAUUGAUGAUGUGAUCAUUAAAACCCUCAUCUCAGCCCAUUCCAUCCUGAAGCACAACUAUCACGCCUGCUUCCCGAGUCAUACAUCAAGCAAUGCUUGUUUUGAGAUCCUGGGUUUUGAUGUGCUGCUGGACCACAGGCUCAAGCCCUGGCUACUGGAGGUCAAUCAUUCUCCUAGUUUCACAACUGACUCUCAGUUGGACCAUGAGGUAAAGGACAGUUUGCUCUAUGACACUUUGGUGCUGAUUAACCUCGGGGCAUGUAAUCGCAAGAAGAUCACAGAAGAGGAGAAGCGUAGGGUCAAUGAAAGACUACAACAGAAGCAUUCAAGAGAGGCCAGAAAUGAGGAAUUUCGCCAGAUGCAGGCGGCCAAUAUGGAGCAAAUGCAGAUAUAUGAAGCCAAUCACCUUGGGGGAUUCCGUCCAAUCUACCCCACAGAAGGAACAGAGAAAUAUGAAAAAUAUUUUAAACAGAGCAGCUCUCUGUUCCAGGACACAGCAGCCUCUAGAGCAAGAGAGGAGUGUUCUAGGCAGCAGUUGCAGAAGCUGCGUAUGAUUCAGGAGAAGGAUGAUCAGAAGCGUAAAGGAAAUUACAAACAUCUACAAGGAGAAUCUGCAGGAGAAAGAGCCAAACCACGCAAAGUGCAAUCUCCCUGUGCACACUUAUUACCAAGCUCUGAACAAGAUCCACAGCCCAUGCCACCUCUUCCUAAUUCAUCAGAAAAGACAUCCUUGUGUUUGGACACUUUAAAAGAAGAGAAAGGGGAGGAAGUGGAAGAAGUGGAACGAGUUAAUGCACUCAUCCAACGAAAAAAAAUGCUGCAUGACUUGGGUGUGGUUGAUAAGGUGUAUCAGUUGCUACAUGGUGCCCAGUCACAGUCUGAUCCCAACAAGCAGCCACAUGAGUUGGGAUCUCUGACAGAGCUUUGGAGGCAUAAACUACCCUGUACUCUGAGACAGCAAAGAGUUCCUCCUGGCCACAAGUCAUGCCUGCAGUAUUUGCACUCUUGCCACAUGCAGCAUUGCACACCACUGAUUUUGCAAGAUUGGAGGCCUUCAAGGCUGGUGCUGAGCGAGCCAACGAGUUUCCAGCAUAUUGACAUGGAAAUGACAAGAGCAUUAGAUGUUGAGCAACAAGCACUUCCCGAUCACAAGAAGUCUGCUAGUGCACAUCGGGUACCUUGGACAAUAGUUACUAGCCCUCGUGCCAGGCAUGGCAGUACGAAAUCAUGCUUUGUUGAGUCAGGGAACCGGGCUUCAUUAAACACUAUGCAACAGCUGGUUUCAAGGAAACUGUAUUACACUCCCAUGUCCCCUGACUGUAAAGCCUUGCAAAAUCUGUUCGUCGUCUCUACUUCAGCCCCUUUUGUCCCACGUCCAGGCCAACCUUACACUCUCCAUAAAGGCCACUGCAAGAAAUCGCCACACAGCCACUGAUGUGGGACUCCUGCUACUCAAGAGCCCAGCCAUAGGGUUAUCUCUGUACUGUAUUUUAAUUCCCAGUCAGUAUGUAAAUGAAAUCAUCUAAAUGUGUUUCAAUAUACAUGGAAGUCUGUGAAAUUCUUUGUUCAGUAUUAAAGUCUUGUGUACUUGUAUAAGAUGGUCUGUGAAUGCCUUAUAACCAGUAUCAGAUAAAAUGGUUACAAAUGGCUUUUUUUUUUUUUUUUGCAUAAAAUAUAAUAUUUAUUUUAAUAGACUAUAAAUAAUUUAUAGGUGAGCCAUCAUAAUAUUCAGAGCUAGAAAUAAAAGAUAUAUAAAUCAUAAUUAAUUAAACUUAAAACUUUACUUAUUGCAAUAUCUGAAUGGAUGUGUAGGUACUCUGAUACUCUGACGUGCUUAUUUAUUUUUUGUUCUAACUGUCAGCUAACAAAUAAGUUUAAGCAGUGACACUGUAAUCAGGUACUUUAAAGCAGAAGUAAUCAUUAUGUUUUGUUUCACCUUUCAGUGAAUGUGUUUUGGUUGUUUUUGUGGCACACAAUCCAACAUUAAAUAUCACCAAUAUGAGAUUAAAUCUUUCUAUUAGAAAAUGAUUAUUCUAGCCACAAAACAACAACAGCCACAAACAUUUAAUAAUAUGUUUUCAAACAUUUAUUAAGGAAACCAACAACUUGGAAUUUAUUAAUAUAAUUUUUUUUUAUGUUUUUACUUUUUUUGGUAUUGUAUUAUCCCACUUUAUAAAACAGAAACAACUAUCUAGCUUAUUUUCCGUAUUUUGAUGCAGCAUUAUUAGCUUUCUUUCAGUGAAAACAUUUUUGAUUACAUAUUAUCACUGUGAUAAAUAUUGUUCAUGUUAUUAAUUGUGAAAUAAACUUAAACAUUAUAUAUUUUUCUGCCAAAUUAGUGGGCCAAAUUUACAGUUACUGCUGUAUUGUUGAUUCUUAGCUAAUGAUAAAAGUUUCCACUUUCUUUCUAUUACAUAA